ACAUUAUAAAAAAUGACCACCGACUCCAGCCCAAUUACCGUCCACGUUACCAGUGACAAGUGCCAAUGGUCAGAAGACACGUUGAAGACCAAGUUCACCUAUGAAAACUCGAUUGUCGAUGCAUCCAACGGCCGCUAUGAGGUCAAGCCGGUUUCCGAAGAGUUCGAGUUCACGGUUGAUUUGAAGGUUCAGAAGACUGGGUUGUUGCUUGUUGGGUUGGGUGGUAACAACGGUACCACCAUGAUUGCCGCCACCUUGGCCAACAAACAUGACAUUUCCUUCGAAACCAAGGAAGGUACCAUCAAGCCAAACUACUAUGGCUCUGUCACCCAGUCGUCCACCAUCAAGAUUGGGAUCGACGCCACCGGCAACGAUGUCUACGCUCCGUUCAACUCCAUUCUCCCAAUGGUCAACCCUAACGACUUGGUUAUUGGCGGCUGGGACAUCAGCAGCGCCAAUUUGGCCGACUCCAUGAAGAGAGCCAAGGUCUUGGACGUUAACUUGCAGCAGCGGUUGGCGCCUUAUAUGAAGGAAAUGAGGCCAAUGCCAUCGGUGUACUACCCAGACUUUAUCGCCGCCAACCAAGAGGAGAGAGCUGACAAUGUCUUGAACGUUGAUGCUGCUGGCCAGCUCACUGACAAGAACAAAUGGGCGGAUGUAGAGAGAAUCAGAGCUGACAUCAAGCAGUUCAAGGAGGCGAACGGCUUAGACAAGGUCAUUGUCUUGUGGACUGCCAAUACCGAACGUUACGCCGAAAUCAUCGAAGGAGUUAACGACACCGCUGAAAACGUCUUGAAGGCCGUUAAGGAAUCCCACUUCGAGGUUUCUCCAUCCUCUGUCUUUGCCAUUGCCUGUAUCUUGGACAACAUUCCGUACAUCAACGGUUCCCCACAGAACACUUUUGUUCCGGGUGUUCUUGAAUUGGCUGAACAGUACGGCUCUUUCAUCGGUGGUGACGAUUUCAAGUCCGGUCAGACCAAGAUUAAGUCUGUCUUGGCCCAGUUCUUGGUUGAUGCCGGUAUCAGACCGGUCUCAAUUGCUUCGUACAACCACUUGGGGAACAAUGACGGGUACAACUUGUCUGCGCCUAAGCAGUUCCGCUCCAAGGAGAUUUCCAAGUCCUGUGUCGUUGAUGACAUCAUCGAGUCUAACCAGAUUUUGUACAAUGACAAGGUUGGUAACAAGAUCGACCACUGCAUUGUCAUUAAGUACGUCCCAGCCGUGGGUGAUUCUAAGGUGGCUAUGGACGAAUACUACUCCGAGUUGAUGUUGGGUGGCCACAACAGAAUCAGCAUUCACAACGUAUGUGAGGAUUCCUUGUUGGCUACUCCGUUGAUCAUCGAUUUAGUUGUCAUGGCCGAGUUCUUCCAGAGAAUUUCGUAUAAGAAGGUUGGCGCGGCCAAGGAAGAAAACUUCUAUGCCGUGUUGUCGUUCUUGAGUUACUGGUUGAAGGCUCCAUUGUCCAGACCAGGUUUCAAUCCAAUCAACGGGUUGAACAAGCAGAGAGUUGGGGUCGAAAACAUGAUCAAGUUGUUGGUCGGCUUGCCAAUCAACAACGAGUUGAGAUUCGAAGAAAGAUUGGUCUGAGCGUCGUGGAGACUCCUUGUACAU